AUGGCUCCUAGUCGAGUCGUGACAUAUUCUCAGGCUAGUGUGGGUAAGAAGACCUAUGACAUUUCGAUUUGCAGCAAGUGUGGUAAGAGAAACCCAGGGGUAUGUCGCAUGGGUAUGGAUGUUUGCUAUGGGUAUGGCCAGCAGGGCCAUUUUCAGAGAGAUUGUCCGUCAGCUAGACAAGGUACCGGAGGUAAUGUGGCCCAGUCCACAAAUUCAGCAGCUCCUCGUAAUUCUCAAGCCCAGCAGGGGCGUGGAGCCGCAAAGUCCGACAAUACGGGUGGUGGUCAGAACUGUUUGUAUGCACUGGCAGGUCACCAAGAUACGGAGGCACGUACAGAUAUUGUCCCAGCUAUAAUAACAGUUUUUACUUUUGACGUCUAUGACCUAGGAUUCAUCUUAUCUUAUGUAACCCCAUUUGUUGUUAAGAAAUUUGGGAUUAAACCAAAAAAGUUGGAUGAACCCUUUGAGGUGCCCACCCCAGUUGGGCAAUUAGUUAUAGCUAGACGUAUUUAUAGGGGUUGCCCAGUUUUAGUAUAUCAUCGUAGAACCAUAGCUGAUUUAUUGGAAUUAGAAAUGGUAGACUUUGAUUCCGUACCAAUCAUUAAUGAGUUUCUAGAGGUCUUCCCAAAAGAUCUUCCCGGAGUCCCUCUUGACAAGGAGAUUGACUUUGAAAUUGAUCUACUUCCCGACACUCAGCCGAUAUUCAUUCUGCCAUACAGAAUGGCUCCAACAGAGUUAAAAGAGUUAAAAGCCCAGAACAGAGCUCAUUCCUCCUUAGUGGUUGAAGUCAAAGAGAAGCAGUUUAGUGAUCCCUACUUGUUACAGCUGAAGAAGGGGAUCCACAUUCAUAAGACAACGGCUUUUGAUAAAAGGGGAGAUGAUGGUACCAAGGUAGAUUAUGUGUUCCAGAUAUAG